AUGAUGAUCGUGUUAACUGUUUUGUGCCUAGCAAUUGUAUCCUAUGGGAAUCAAGAAGUUUUUAGUUUAAGCCCUGGGGAUGCAAUAGAAACUACCAGUAUGAAUCAAUGGAGCUACUAUAAAAUAUCAGCAAGCUACUCUUUUAAAACGUACAUAAGAGUAUGACUUCGAAUAAAGCCAAACCAAGCAAACGCGAGACCAAUUCUGGCACUAUCCCAACAAAAGCCAUUGUUUUUAAGCAAUCAUUCAUCAGUUAUUGCAGACUUUGUUGAUUUGGAGGAUCAUUACAGUGAUUCAACUUAUCACUCAAUUAUAUUGCUAAGCUCCGAUAUUUCAGAUUGAUCAAGUAUAUAUGUUGGAGUUGGGAAUGAACAUUUUGAAUCUGGCCCAAUGAGCUACCAAAUAGGCUUAGAUGCCAAAGAUAGAAUUUUGUGCCCAAAUGACUGCAGUGGCAAAGGAAAUUGUGUUUCUUUGAACAAGUGUGCUUGCUAUAGUAAUUUCAUAGGUAAAAAUUGUAUGAUUCCUGCAAUCGAGCUUAAGGAGUCGGAAUCUGUACUUAAUGCUCAUGCAUAUGGAUACCGCUAUGGCUAUAUUAAUAUCAAUUCCAUUAGUUCAGACGAAAUCCAACUUGAAAUGGAAUGGGAAGGAUUGUCUGGAAUUUUGCUGCUGAAUUAUGAUGGAAAUACGUAAUUUUUACUUAGUCCCUCAAGCCUGCCAUCUCUUUAUAGUUAUUAUUUAUCCAUUAUUCUCCAAGGUUCAGAUAAUUCAGCGUCCAUUAAUAUCGAUGUUUCAAAUAUCAAAGACCGUUUGUAUUUUCUUUUAUAUAACAAAAUGAGCCCAGACCCAUUGAGUCUUUAUAUCAGGUAUAGAGAAUCCAGUUCCUCAGAGAAUACUGAAUCUGUUCUUUGAUGAAGCAUAAGUGUAGUAGCAGGGUUCAUCGCUUUUGUUAUUGCUGUUACUUUAUUUUGCAAAUGGAAGAAGUGCUGGCUUUUUCACGCUACUUUACUCGAGCAAGAAGGGUCCCCAGGGCUUGCAGCUUCCUUUAUAAAUAAAAAUUACCCAGCAAUCCAAUUUUCAAAUAUAAAUUCGUUACAAACUCCGACCGUGAAUUGUGCGAUUUGCUUUGAGCAAUUCCAAAAGAAUUCUAUGGUAAGAAUGCUUUUUUGUGGCCAUGUUUUUCAUACAACGUGUAUCGAAGAGUGGUUUCUUAUUAGCAAAGUAAUGACUAUAUAGACUUGCUGCUUGUGUAAGAGAGACUGCUCUGCUGACGAUGUUAUUAAUCCUCAAGAUAAUAACAGUAUUUGUGAGACUGAAGAUAGCAGUAAGUCCAUUCUUAUGAUAUCUGGUGAAAAGGGUAUCUAA